AUGGGAGGAGGGCGGCCUGAGUCACUUCGCCCCCGCGUGCUGCGGGUUAGUGCCCCGCGCCCCUGCGCCUUCGGGGGACCUGACCCCGAAGCCGGAGGGCAGGAGGAGGAGGGUGUGGUGGAGGGCGGACCCGCCCCAGAGCGCCUGCCUGAGGCUCCUCUCCUGCCUCCACCCCCCCUGGGGGCCCCCCAGGGGAAUCCAGCCGAGUCGCCUCCACCGCCGCCAGAUUCCUUCCAGGGAAACCUCGCCCGCGAACCUGGCCCGGCCCGGGAAGUCCCCGGCGCUGGGGAGGGGGCCUCGCUGCGCAUCCUGUCGCAGGAACCGCCGGGCCCUUCCUUCCGCGGGAAGCGGCUCGGCCGACCCCCGCCCCCGCCCGCGCCGCCUGGGGGUUUCCGGGGCCAGGCCACGGGGGCGGGGGGCUGCGGAUGGUACCGUGGGAGACAGGACAAGCACCCGCCGCACAUCCCCUUAAGGUCUGGACCAGCGCAGAAGCAGCGCGCAGACCGGUUUGCCCGGUUCCAGGAACCUGGCGAGGUCCGCCCGCCCGGGGGGAAGGCGCAGGCCUCGGCCGGGCUGGAGCGGGGCCGGGCGGGGCCUGGAUCUCCGCGGGGAACCUUUAGUCCGAGGCGGCGCGCUCGCGUGGGUCACUAG